AUGCGAGUUGCACGAACCUCGGGGUUUUCUAUAUCUAGUCGUAUGAGUCGGCAGAAUGGGGGAGUGAUUGCGAAAUGGCGAGGAAGACCUGACCAGCCUAGAAGCCAGGGCGUCGGUGGUGGAGCACAACAAACCAAAGGAAAUCAAGCGAGUGGGAAGAGGUUGUUGUUGGCACCCAGUUGCAGGCGACGAAGGAAGCUAACGGAGAUAGGGACGGAGGAUGAUGAGGAAGGUGAGGAUAGGAGAAUAGUUAUGACGGUGGAAAAAGCGACGAACGGCUGCGAAGCAGAGCAGGAGAGAGAGGGAGAGACAAAGAACGAAGAAAAGACGAGAAGCCAAAAGACAGCCAGGGACUCAAGGGCUGAGGUCAAUCUGUCUGCCAGUUUGAGCCUAUACGAGGUUGGUUCGCUCUGGGUUCGGGCCUGGAGUCGGCGGCUGAUUCGGGCGCAGCAGGGCGCUGACUCAGCGGCGGCUCACCCAGGAGCCACCGUCACGGGGGCGGUGUAUUUUACGGGCUAUUUUUAA